AGGAUGAAGAAUCAGAACUGGAUGAGGAAGAAUGCCCAAAUGUAUCUGCAGAUGAAAAGGUGUCAGAUCCAUCUGUGGGAGACGAGGGGUCAAAUCCAUCUAUGGUAAAUGAGGAGUCAAAUCCAUCUGUGGAGGAUGAUGGAUCCAAUCCAUCUGUGGAGGAUGAGGGAUCCAAUCCAUCAAUAGAGGAUGAGGGAUCCAAUCCAUCUGUGGAGGAUGAGGGAUCCAAUCCAUCAUCUGUGGAGGAUGAGGGGUCCAAUCCAUCUGUGGAGGAUGAGGGAUCCAAUCCAUCUGUGGAGGAUGAGGGAUCCAAUCCAUCAUCUGUGGAGGAUGAGGGGUCCAAUCCAUCUGUGGAGGAUGAGGGAUCCAAUCCAUCUGUGGAGGAUGAGGGAUCCAAUCCAUCUGUGGAGGAUGAGGGGUCCAAUCCAUCUGUGGAGGAUGAGGGGCCCAGUCCAUCCAUGGGAGAUGACUCACAUCCUUGUCAGGUGGAGGAUGAGGGGCCCAGUCCAUCCAUGGGAGAUGACUCACAUCCUUGUCAGGUGGAGGAUGCAUCAAAUCAAUCUGCAGAUAGAAAUUCUUCAGCAGAAACUAUAGAUGACUCUGCCGAUGAAGGCGAUGAUAACUCUGCUGAUGAAGGUGAUGAUAACUCUGAACAUGGCAAUAUGACCGACAAUCCCGAUGAGAGUGGCGAAGACAUGGCUAAUGAAGAUGAGGAGGAGGAGGACAAUCUCCCAGUUCAUUUUGGCAACAUGGCUAACAGUGUAGAGGUAUGUAGUGACUCAGUGAGCAACGAUACAGACUACAGUCAGAAGACCACCACAGACAGCCAGUGUGGAAAGACUGAAGAUGAAAGCGCUGUAUCUCUCGUUGAUGAGAUAGCAAGCAGAAAGAGAUCAUCUGUUCAUAAGAAGCUGGAAAAUGUUUUUAUGCGACUUAAGAGCAAGCAGAUUGCUGCAGCUAUUGCUGAAUAUGAGGGCACAGGUGGAACCAAUGAGGACUCUUUAGAGGCGCCAUCUAGUGACAAUGAGGGUAGGGUAUCGCCCAUUGACCUGCAGGAGAUCACUGAGAAUGGCUGCAGUGAGAUGCUAGACGACAGUAUCAAUAUCGAGAGCAUCACCAAGUACCAUCAGUUCAAUGGGGCAGGCUACAACGAAGAUGAUGAGUAUGUAAAUGAUGCAGAAGACCAGGAGGUUAUGGCAUCAUGGUUGGAUGAGGGCAAAAUGGCAGAUUAUGAUACGAACGAGGAGGAUGGAUUGGAUGAGACUGGGAACAGGAAUGGUUAUCGGCUACAGAUCAAAACCGAACCAGGUCUUGAGAGCUUCCCAAGCAGUAGUCCAGGGAAAAGAAGGAAGAAAUCCCUGUUGAAUGGUAAAUACAAAAAGAUUAAGACCGAGCCACUGGACUAUGACUGGACGCCUACUAUGGUGAACGGCAACCAUGUGAAGGUAAAAUCUGAGCCCAUGGAUGACGAUGAGUGGAACUUUUCUAUGACUGGAUUAAACUCAAUCAAGAAGGAGCCCAUGGAUGAUGUGUGGGAGCCGAAGAAUGAGAACCUGGUAAAGUGUAACUUGUGUGACAUGGUGUUUUCAUACAAUAGUGCAUUGGUCAGGCAUAUGCGUGUUCACACUGGAGAAAGGCCUUUCAAAUGCACAGAGUGUCCCAAGCAGUUUACAGAAUCUAGUGGUUUGAGACGGCAUCUUAGGACACACACCGGUGAGAAGCCACAUGAAUGCACAAUGUGUGGAAAGGGAUUUUCCGAGUCUGGAGGUCUGACACGUCACAUGCGGACCCACACGGGCGAGAAGCCGUACAUGUGCGAACACUGUGACAAAUGCUUUACUGAAGUCGGGGCCCUCAGGCGCCAUGAGUUCACGCACCAGAACAGUCUGGAGAAACUGUUCAAAGUAUUCUGUGAUCUGUGCGGUAAAGGGUUUAAUGACACUUCAUCACUGACCAGACAUAAUCGCUGUCACACUGGCGAAAAGCCCUACAGUUGUUCAACAUGUGGGAAAUGUUUCUCCGAGAAAGGAUCCCUUGCUCGUCACAUUCGUAUCCAUACUGGCGAGAAGCCAUUCACGUGUCAAGUCUGCCAUAAACAGUUCAUUGAAUCAGGCUCGCUCCGUCGCCACAUGCUUGUCCACACCGACAGAAGCAACAUUCGGUGUGAGCUGUGCGGCAAGGGAUUCAACAAGAUGCCAGCCCUCAUCAAACACUACACCAUCCACACAGGAGAGAGGCCUUACAAGUGCAGUUUUUGUAGAAAGUCAUUCUUCGAGCACAGAGACUUGAUACGCCACACACGUUCACACACUCAGGAACGUCCAUUUAUAUGCAAUGUGUGUGGUAAGGCUUUCUCCGAGAACUGUUCUCUUGCUCGGCACAAACGUAUACACUCCGGAGAGAAACCUUACAAGUGCAAAGAGUGUGGGAAAAGGUUUGUGGAGUCGUGCGCACUGACAAGACACUCUCGUAUACACAGCGGCCAAAAAGAUUAUGCCUGCUUCAUAUGUGGGAAGAGGUUUAUAGACAGCAGUGCUCUCAAACGUCACAUGACCACCCACACUGGUGAAAAGUCGUACAAAUGUGAUGAAUGUGGGAAAUGUUUUUCGGACACAACAGGUCUGACCCGCCAUAAGCGUAUUCACACUGGUGAGCGUCCUUACAAGUGCAACACGUGUGACAAGGAGUUCCCGGACAGUCCUGGGUUGAUCCGGCACAUCCGGACACACACAGGAGAGAGACCCUAUAAAUGCAAGUCCUGCAAUAAAGCAUUCACCGAUUCCAGUUCCCUGAGUCGCCAUGAACGGACUCAUGAAGACCGCACGUACAACUGUGGAGUGUGUCAGGAGGAGUUCAAGUCCUACGAGGAGCUCGUCCAGCAUGCAGAGGUCCAUUUUGAGAAACUGGCUUGUGGUAUAUGUGGAAAGUUAUUCACUGUCUUAUCAGCAUUGAAAGAUCAUCUCAAGCUCCAUUCUGGGGACAAAGUGUUUAAGUGUACGACAUGUGACAAGGAAUUUUCACUGAUGAGCUCACUUGAGCGGCACAUGCGUGUUCAUACGGGUGAAAAGCCUUUUGGGUGUGAACUUUGUGGCAAGUCGUUCGCAGAAUCCGGAGCUUUGGUUAGACAUCGGCGAAUACACACAGGAGAAAAGCCACACAAGUGUGACAUUUGCCUAAAAGGAUUUGUUGAUUCAAGUGCACUAUCUCGACAUCGAAGGAUACACUUGAACAUCCGGGAAGAGAAAUGUGACAUCUGUGGUAAAGCUUUUGUGGACACAGGCGCGAUGAGGCGUCACAGGAAAAUCCACACGGGUGACAAACGCACGAAUGCCUGACUUGUGGGAAACGGUUCCUGGAAGCCAGCACAUUGCGCCGACAUGAACUGACCCACACCGGAGUCAAGCCCUACCACUGUCACAUCUGCAACAAACAGUUCACGGAGAAUUCCACACUCAUCAGACA